AUGGCCAUACCACAUAUCACUACACGGCGCUUGAAGGUCAGUGUGGUCGGCUUCCGAACAAGAUCUUGCGAUUCAACCCUGAACUUCCGCUGGACGCUACGAUGUCACAGGAUACUCGCUUACGAUCAUCCUUACUUUGUAGCUAUCGAGAAGGGUGACUUAGGAUAUCUCCAGAACGAAUUAUCAUGUAGAGAAAUGUGCCUAUCGGACUGUAUUGCUGGGGGCUACAGCUUGCUGCAUUAUGCAGUACGUCACAGUAGACCUGCCAUCGUUGCGUUGCUGAUUGGUGAAGGCCUUGACGUCAACGUGCAAAACGAUCGUGGCCAAACGCCUCUUCAUGUAGCUGUUCAGCAAGGGAAAUGCUGUGAGUGUGCUCGUUUACUACUAGAAAACGGCGCAGACGCUUUUCAGCAGGAUACCCAAGGCCGAAGCGCUUUACACUAUUUUUACAACGAAGUGGUGCAGCAGCUUCUACUCUACUAUACGGACGACAUUGACCCUUGGAUGCAAGAUCGGAGUGGCAUGACUGUACUUCAUUGGGCAUCCUGGAGUCGUAGCUCUUCUCACAAAGCUUUGGCCUGCUUCCCACAUAAGGGAGGCAAGCCAUCGUGCUACGGUCUAAAAGACAUGUACGGAAAGUCCAUGCUACACUACGCGGUACAAAGAGGUAACGCAGACCUCAUCGCCUUUUUCCUCACCAUGCCAGAUGCAGCGACUAUGUCAAUGCCAGACUUCUCUGGAAGAACGUUACUUCACUACGCUACGGAAAGUGGCCGGCCGGAUACUAUCAACAUGAUGCUCAAAAGAGAUGUUGAUCUCGACGUGGCUGAUAAUGAGGGCCGCAUGAAGACUACCAACUACGCUCAGCAGCUCACAGCGACCAAAGGUACUGCAACUCGGUGA